AUGGCAACGAAGUUGAUACUCAACGUUCUGUUUCUCUUGUUCUUCGCUGUUAUUGAGGCAUCUUCGCCAGGAAAAUAUGCGCGAGUAGUGCGAUCAAGCAUAGUUUCGAACACUACCUACGAUUUCGUGAUUAUUGGAGGAGGAAUUGGAGGUUUGACUGUUGCUGAUCGUUUGACCGAAGAUCCCAAUGUAACUGUCUUGGUCAUUGAGUAUGGUCCAUUUGACAAAGGCGAGGAUUCUGUCCUUAUUCCAGGAGCCUACAAUCCAUUUCCAUACCUGAAGCAAGAUCUGUUCAGCGUACCCCAGCCAGGCCUGACGAACGAGCCCGAAUUCAUUCCCGUUGGAUCUGUUGUAGGAGGAGGAUCCACCGUCAAUGCUAUGUUCUUUAUACGUUGUACAUCUGAAGAUUAUGAUUCUGUUGCGUCGUUUGGCAAUCCUGGGUGGGGCUCGUCGGAUCUCCUCCCAUAUUUUAAAAAAAGCGAAAAUUUCACUGCGCCAGACCCGACUUUUGCAAAGGAGCGUAACAUCACAUUCGAGCCUUCUUUCCACGGCACCCUAGGUCCUGUUCAUGCUAGUUAUUCGCCAUUUGACUAUCCUGGUGGCCAAAACUUCUGGGACGCUUCACUCUCGCUUGGUAUUCCUGAGCUUGAGGAUCCUGACAGCGGAGAAAGCAAUGGGCUAUUCUGGCUCCUACGAGCAUUGAACCCUGAUACCGAAACAAGGUCCUACGCUCGUAUCGCACACUAUGAUCGAGUAAUCGCUACUCGCCCUAACUAUCAUCUGAUGCCUGAAACUGCCGCUGGCAAGUUAUUAUUCGAGGGAAAGAAAGCAGUUGGUGUACAAUACAUCAACAGAACCUCGGGAGUUGUAACGAAUGUCACUGCUACGAAGGAAGUGAUUCUUGCUGCUGGCGCUGUGCACUCUCCUCAGAUCCUCAUACUUUCAGGUGUUGGCCCGAAGAAAACACUGGAUCAAUUCAACAUCUCUUUAGUGCAUGAUCUUCCCGGCGUUGGCACCAACUUUCAGGAUCAUCUUGAUUACGCUAUCACGUACAAUUUUUCGGCGAAUCUCUUUCCCAAUGCGGACGACAUGGUGGACAACGCCACUUACAUCGCAGAACAACGAGUCGUAUAUGAUACAACAAGACGAGGACCAUUCACACUAAUUCUAACAACCGGAAACGAUUUCGUAACACUACCUCUCCGAAACGCCACUUCAGAUUGGGAAUCGGUCCUGGCAUCAGCUCAAUCAAUAAAUCCUGCUUCAAUCCUUCCCAACGGCACCGAUCCAACCGUGCUCGCAGGUUACAUUGUCCAACGAGAGAAUCUCCUCGCCAGAUUCGCAGGCUACAAAACACCCAUAGGAAGCAUAAGUUGGAACACAGGCUCUACGACCACUCUCUACAUGAUCAAGCCAUUAUCCCGCGGCUCUGUAACUAUCGGCUCUACUGACCCACUCACGAACCCCGUCGUGGAUUUCGGCGCAGUGAAAGACCCGACAGAUCUCGAUCUCAUGCUUGCCCUGUUCCUCAAGAACCGCGAGAUCAUGCAACAACCUUCGAUGCAAGUUCUCGGACCAACUGAAGUGGUACCAGGAGCGAAUGUGACAAGCGACGAGGCGUUGAAGGCGGCGUUCAGAGCUACGAUCGUCCCGACGAAUGGCCAUGCUUGUUGUACGCUGCCGAUGGUGCCGUUGGCACUCGGUGGGGUUGUCAAUGAUGUCCUGCAGGUUCACGGACUGGAGAGUUUGAGUAUUGUGGAUAAUAGUAUUUGGCCGAUAAUCUUGUCUGGUGCUCCGUCUGCGACUGUUUAUGCUGAGGCUGAGAAGGCUGCCGAUAUCAUCAAGAAGCGCUAUGGACUUACUUCUGGCUAGGUCGUAGGAUGUUUGAGUGAUGAAAAAGAGGGUUUAUUCCUUAUAGUGAAUGUGUACGACUCUUUCGUACAUGUCUCAAAGCAAUGGAG